AUGGUCAAAGACACCAAAUACUACGAAAUCCUAGGGGUGGAGAUUACUGCUACUGAGGCUCAACUAAAGACUGCGUACAAAAAGGGCGCUCUCAAACACCAUCCUGACAAGAAUGCACACAACCCCGAUGCUGCUGAAAAAUUCAAAGACCUCUCCAAAGCCUACGAAGUUCUUUCAGACCCUCAAAAAAGACAAUUGUACGAUCAAUAUGGCGAGGAGGGUCUAGAACAGGGCGGAAUGGGGGGUGGUGGUAUGGCCGCUGAAGACCUGUUUGCACAGUUCUUUGGUGGCGGCUCUGGCUUCGGUGGCAUGUUCGGUGGCGGCGGCAUGCGCGACCAAGGCCCCAAGAAAGCACGACUCAUCCACCACGUCCACAAAGUCUCGCUUGAAGAUAUCUACCGCGGGAAAGUGUCCAAACUUGCCCUGCAAAAAUCCGUCAUCUGCUCUGCCUGCGAAGGCCGUGGAGGCAAAGAAGGUGCGGUCAAGACCUGCGCGGGCUGCAAUGGUGCUGGUAUGAAAACCAUGAUGCGUCAGAUGGGUCCCAUGAUCCAGCGCUUCCAGACCAUCUGUCCCGACUGCCAGGGUGAGGGAGAAAACAUCCGGGACCGCGACAAGUGUAAACGAUGCGCGGGCAAGAAGACCGUUGUUGAGCGCAAGGUCCUCCACGUACAUGUUGACCGUGGCGUCAAGAGUGGGCACAAGAUUGAAUUCCGUGGAGAGGGUGACCAGGUCCCUGGAGUCCUUCCUGGUGACGUCGUGUUCGAGAUUGAGCAGAAGCCGCACGCUCGAUUUCAGCGCAAAGAUGACGACCUGUUUUACCAUGCGGAGAUCGAUCUCCUGACAGCUUUGGCCGGCGGACAGAUAUACAUUGAACAUCUUGAUGAGAGGUGGUUGACGGUCAACAUCUUCCCCGGCGAACCCAUCACUCCUGGUGCCAUCAAAGUGAUCAAGGGCCAGGGAAUGCCCUCAUUCCGACACCACGACUUUGGCAAUCUCUAUAUUCAAUUCGAUGUCAAGUUCCCAGACAAGGCACAAAUACAAAAUGUUGAACUUCUAGAGCAGGUUCUUCCUCCACGAAUGCAGCAAAAGCUGCCUCCUCAGGACGGAAUGGUUGACGACUUUGAUCUGGAAGAUGUUGAUCCUCGUCAGCAUGCACGUGCGCGGGGUGCCACUGGAAUGGAUGAAGAUGACGAAGAUGGCAUCCCGGCGGGUGCCGAGAGAGUUCAAUGCGCAUCGCAGUAA